UCGACCUCACACUCGCGUUCGCGGCUUCGCUCCGCGUAGUCUGGAGCGACUUAGGGAUUGCCACUUCGACCGGCCAACCCCCCAAGAUCCUACUGAGAUUAUGGCCGAUAAAAUGGAAGUGCAGAGAGUGCAAACGCAAUUUAUAUUAAAUUUAUGGUGAUAGCCAAGCAUUACAAAAUAUAAGAUUGCCCCAAAACGUGCCUACUAUCGAUCACAAAUUGAAAAGGAACGGCGAGUCGGGUUUAUAGAUGGUCAAACAAAAUUGUCAGUAAAUAAUAACAAAAGAACUAUCCUUUGACAAACUAUAGUUUUGCUUUCACACCCCCAAGCUGACAAUUUAACUCGUGCAUAAAAUUGUUUUGUCUGGAUAUUUAAAUAAUUAUUUCAUUCACGAAUUCCCGCUGUUGGAGUUUGUCUGUGUCAGAGGAAGGGCUACUUGUGAGGAUUGGCGAGUACGUACAACGGCAACAACGUAGCGGUUGUCGUGAUGGACGUGACGCACGCGUGUCGCUGCUGCCUGCGGCGUGCUCCGGACAAGGACCUGACGACGCCGUACACACAUCUCGGUAUAACGGAGAUAUAUGCCGACAUGAUCAAAGAGUGCUUUUACAUAAAUCUGGUAGUUGGCGGUGCGGGCUCGUGCGGCAUCUGCUCGGCAUGCGUGAGCCGCCUGCGAGACGGUUGCGCCUUUAAGCUGCAAGUACAGCGCAGCCAGGCGGAGCUGCAGGCGCGGCUGCAGGGAGAGAGCAUGGAAGAGGAACAAUCUGCAGUCAGGUCAGAAUAUCCAGAAAUGCAGGAUGAAGACGGGACCAGUGAGCCUGCAUCAGGUGAAGAGCCCUCGGUCAAGCUAGAGACGCUAGAUGCAUGGAUGGAUGGGACACCUGAUGAGAUAUUGCAUGACAUGCUCCGGUUAAACAUGGCGGCCGGAGACGGGGCGAGCGACGAGGAUGAACCGUUGUUGGUGGAGGAGCGGGCAGUCAAGCCGGAGCUGUCGGACGAGGCGAGUGACGAGGACUGCAUGUCGGUGUGUUCGGACGGCAGCGCCGCCGGCGCCAGGGAACAGCUCGCGAUGGCUUGUUCAGUGGUGCUCGAGCGCCUCCGCGACGACGCGACAGUUCACAGUGGAGACAAACCAUACUACUGCGAACACUGUGGCAAGCAUUACAGAAACAAGACUAUUUUAAGAAAACACAUAGAGAACACACACUUGUCGACCGGACCAGAACCAUUUGCUUGUGAUUUUUGUAGUUCUACUUUUCAAACCAAAUUGCUUGUAAUCGAACACGAGAAAAGCGAACACGGUGUUACAAAUUUCAUGUGUGCUGAAUGUGAGUAUACAACCAGUUCCAAGAGAAGUUUAGAGACUCAUUUAAAGAGUCACACAGUUGAAAAUAAUUUUAAGAGAAUUCAUUGUAAAGGCACAAGUUCGUGUAAAGGUGAUUUACACAAACAUCAAUCAAUACACAUUGAUGGAAAGCCUUUUCAAUAUAGCGACAACGAUUUACAAUGCAAUCAGAGAAUAUAUCAGAUGAUACAUACUGGCGAGAAGCCUUUCACAUGUACCUACUGUGAGAACAAAUUCAGUCAGAAAUCAAAAUUAAAAAUGCACCUGAUGAUACACACUGGGGCAAAGCCAUUUAAAUGUAGCAAUUGCGAAUACAAAUGCAGGCGGAGAGAAUACUUGCUAAUACAUCAGAUGAUACACACUGGAGAAAAUCCAUUUAAAUGUAGCAAUUGCGAAUACAAGUGUAGGCGGAAGCAUAACUUACUAGCACACCAGAAGAUACACACCGGAGAGAAGCCGUACACAUGUAGUUAUUGUGACUUCAAGUGCAGCCAAAGGACAACCUUACGAAAUCACGAAAUGACACAUACUGGCGAGAAACCUUUUCAGUGUAGCCACUGUGAUUACAAAUGCAGUCAGAAAUCACAUUUAAAAUUACACCUGAUGAUACACACUGAGGCAAAGCCAUUUAAAUGUAGCAAUUGCGAAUACAAAUGCAAGCGGAGAGCACAUUUGCUACAACAUCAGGUGAUACACACUGGGGCAAAGCUAUUUCAAUGUAGCAAUUGCGAUUACAAAUGUAGGCGGAAAGAUUACUUGCUAGCACACCAGAAUAUACACAACAGAGAGGAGCCGUACACAUGUAAAUAUUGCGACUACAAGUGCAGUGAUAGGUCAAACUUACGAACACAUGAAAAGAGACAUAAUGGCGAGAAGCCUUUUCGGUGUAGCCACUGUGAUUACAAAUUCAGUCAGAAAGCACAUUUAAAAAGACACCAAAUGAUACACACUGCCGAGAGGCCGUACUCAUGUAGUCAUUGCGACUACAAGUGCCGUGAUAGGUCAAACUUACGAGCACAUGAAAAUACACAUACUGGCGAGAAGCAUUUUCAGUGUAGCCACUGUGAUUACAAAUUCACUCAGAAAUCACAUUUAAAAAGACACGAGAUGAUACACACUGGGGCAAAGCCAUUUAAAUGUAGCAAUUGCGAAUACAAAUGCAAGCGGAGAGAACAUUUGCUGAAACAUCAGAUGAUACACACUGGGGAAAAGCCAUUUCAAUGUAGCAAUUGCGAAUACAAAUGCAGGCAGAGAGAACACUUGCUAGUACACCAGAAGACACACACCAGAGAGAAGCCGUACACAUGUAAUUAUUGCGACUACAAGUGCAGUGAUAGGUCAAACUUACUAACACAUGAAAAGACACAUACUGGCGAGACAAUUCAGUCAAUUGUAAAAAAAGAUCUAAAGUUAUAGUUUUCCCCUAAUUUUCAUUUUCCUAUUGACUACUAGUGAUAUUAUAUUGCACAUAACUGUA